AUGCCACAACAUCACUGCAAUACAAUCAGACGACUACAAAGACAAUUGAGUCUUUGCAGAAAAGAUAUGCCAAUGACCAGAAGACAUCAGAAAACUCACACGGAUGAAAAACUUUUCGAGUGCAGUGAAUGCGGAAAAUACUUUAGUCGACGUGGUGAUUUGAAACUUCACAAAAGCGCUCAUGCAGGCGAAAGGACUUGCCAACCAUACAUCUCCUUUCAUUCGCAGGAUAGACAUGAAAGAGUGCUCAAAAAUGAAAAUGGAUAUCAGAGUUCCCUGGCGUACCUUUACAUAGAGAAUGAUCCUUCAAGUGCUAAUCAGAUGACACUAGCCACAUUGGAGAAAGGAAUGUGGAGCAAUGAAUCGCAGCAACGUCAAGUGAAUUUGACCGACACUGAUAUCAACAUCAAUUAUAUUAUGUUCUUAGCCGGUUUGUAA